AUGUGGGGUUAGACAAUGUCAUUGUCAAGAAUGACAAUAUUAAAGUGGUUAGGUUAGUGAGUAAAGUGAAAAAUAAAGUACGAAGAAAGGAAAGGAACGAAAUAAAUAAUAGAACUCGGUAGAUACCUACAAACCUAGUUUAAUCAGGUUUUAUCAAAUGAAUAAGAAAGAAAACACUUGGUUUCGUAUCGUCUUUUUUUAUUAAUCGUAAUUUAAUAAGUUGAUUACUUGAAACAAGUCUUUAAAAAUGUCUAUACAUAGAAUACUGUGCCGAGCAUGUUUCAUUCGAACGAUCUUUCCAAAAAAUAAAGUGCGGUGUAAAGGAUCUAAUUUCCAAGGGGAAAGCCCACUUAAAAAUCUUCUGAACGAUGCCAGCUCUUUUGGAGAAGGGCAACAGCGCGAGCCAGCGCUGGAGUGGGCCACACAGCCAUACGCGGCGCGGCCGGGUUCCGGCGGGGACGAGACAGAACACCGCACGCCGUCACAGGAGACCACCGUGCUACUGUUCCCAGGGCAAGGCUCGCAGCGCGUGGGCAUGGGCCGUUUGCUCGCCGACAUUCCUGCCGCCCGAGAACUCUAUGACCUAGCAUCUAGUGUCGUUGGAUGGAACGUGUGGCGCGUGUGCACGGAGGGCCCGGCGGAGGAGCUGGCGCGGCGCUGCCAGACGGCGGUGGUGGUGACGUCGCUGGCGGCGCUGGAGCGCGCGCGCGAGCUGCGGCCGAGCGCCGUGGAGCGCGUGCGCGGCGCCGCGGGGUUCUCGCUGGGUGAGCUGGCGGCGCUGGUGUUCGCGCGCGCGCUGCCGCUGGAGCGCGCGCUGCAGCUGCUGGAGCUGCGCACGGCCGCUAUGCGCGCCGCCGCACAAGAGCGACCCGGCGGCAUGCUCACAGUGUGGCUGGCUGCAGACGCUCGACUGCCGCUAGCGCUGAAAGCGGCUCAGGAACAUGCGACAGAGUGCGGGGUCGUCGACCCCGUGGCGCAGAUUGCCAACUAUCUCUAUCCCAACUGCAAGGUCGUUGCUGGCGAUGAGGCGGCUUUGAAAUGGCUGGAGUCGAACGGGUCCAAGUUCGGGAUCCGUCGCUGCGCGCGCGUGGAGGCCGAGGGCGCCUUCCACACGCCGCUCAUGCACAAGGCGCAGCUAGCUCUGCGAGAGGCGCUACAGAGUAUUGAGGUGUCGCGGCCCCUCGUGCCGGUGGUGUCGUGCGUGGACGCGCGCGCGCACGGCGCCGCAGCCGACGUGCGGCGCACGCUGGCGCGGCAUGUGGCGCGCCCUGUGCGCUGGGAGCAGGCGCUGCACGCGCUCUACGCCAGACCGAGAGGGGAACACUUCCCUCUCACUCUCGCGCUCGGACCCGGCGCCGCGCUGCGCUCCACGCUGCGGCAGGUCAACGCCCGCGCCUGGGACUGCUCCGUGCAGAUCGAUGUGUGACAGAGACAAAUACACGUGACGGCGGAAAUCACUACGAAACGAAGGUCGGAGACGCGAAUUCAAAGAAUCGACGUUUUAAGAAAAUAAACAGACUAAUAAAAUAAUAUUUUUAAUCA